AUGAAAUUAAAUAACGAAACCGUCACGAUAGAACUCAAAAAUGGAACAAUAGUACAUGGAACCAUUACUGGGGUUGAUAUGAGCAUGAAUACCCACCUUAAAACUGUCAAAAUGACCGUGAAAAACAAGGAUCCCGUCAAUUUGGAUUCCUUGAGUAUUAGGGGGAAUAAUAUUCGGUAUUACAUUUUACCGGAGUCUCUCCAGCUUGAUACACUGUUGGUUGAUGAUACGCCAAAGGCUAAGGCUAAAAAGAAAGAAA